AUGGGAAAAGAUAAAAAGAAAGGCAUUAAGGGCAAUGUUUUUAAAGUGGCCGGUGCUAAAAGUUUAAAAAAAACUAAAGCUAAAGCUGUAAAUCUUGGAUUAAAAAAUAUGAAACAAAAAGUAGCAGACAUGGACAAACAAUUUCUUGACAUUAAAAGUUGUACAAAGAUUAGUCAAGUUAAAAAGAAGCCUGAAAUAAAAGGACCAGAAAAGAAACUAGAAAAUAAUGUUACACAGGAAGAAGUUGCAUCUACCAUAGCAAAAGUGGUAAAAAUGGAUAUAUAA